AAAAAACCCUGAUACAAGUACUAAGUAGUCAUGCCCGACGUCUGAAGUUUACUAUCUCACUUUGGUGACGGUCGUUCCGUUGCAUAAUCCAGCGGCGAAACUAAGGUAACAGUUUCAGACUGUUGAUUUUGGCAGCGCCCUUCGAUCCCUUCACUGUCUUCUUGCUAGUCUUGGUGCAAGACGUUGUUGUUAUUGUUCGAUCACUCAACUGUUGAACGCCUGUUUUCAACAAAAACGUCUUGCAUCAAGACUACCUUCUGCGUGUUGCCGGCCAUUGAGCAAUAUAAAUGUAAUGGGCAGGCGCAGGCUAGGCAGCGUGCUCGUUGUUAUCUAACUCUCAUCAAAUGAAUUAUUUAACAGUGUCAUGGCUGACUGCUUAGUAUAGUAGCUCUGAGCUUGAUGAUGUAGUAAACGGCCAAAGCAAGGGCAGGAUCCAGGGUGGCUGAAUAGAAACACACUGAUUAGUAAAUAAUAAAAAGGUGAGUGACACGUGUUGUAUUUCUUUUUUAAGGAGAGUGGAGGACGUAAGGUAAUAAGGGGGAGAAUUGAGAAGGAAUCACGUUAUUCAAAAUUUAUGGACCGCCGGGUGGUCCCAUGCACUCUAUCUUAUCUCAUUUGUAUCUAUCCACAUGGUUGUGUGAAUGGGGUUUGGUAGACAUUUCCCCAGUGUGUGGUGGGACGCAAUGCACUAUUAUCAUAGGGGUCCAAACUGCAGGCAGUGCAGGGCAGGGGGAACGUAACAACGUGCUUUGAAAUCAUUGGGUCCUAAUAACCAUGGGAGGUAGCCCGUACCGUGGUGAUCACCUCGAUCCUCCACCUAAUCCUAGCUAGAUAGAAGUAUGGAGGUUUGUUUGUAUCGUCUACCGGCGGUUCAGUCAGCAGAGUACAGUAGGAGCAUAGGAUGGAGGUAGUACCUCCAUCUACAUGAAUCUAUUUUUCACUAGCAAGUUAUCAUCAGCAAGGUAUCAUCAUGGAGCAGGGGUAUAUGUCAGGGCUGCAGCUGAAGCUUAGCAAUCUAUCUGAGCAAUUACAGGAUAAAGGUGAUGCAAGAGUAGCAGACUGGCUCCUGAUGAAGUCUCCCGUCCCAAUCAGCUGUAUUAUUAUUGGUUAUUUAUUGAUGGUGUGGUUGGGACCGAGACUCAUGACCGACAGAAAGCCAUUUCAACUUAAGUAUUUCCUGGUCGUCUACAACUUCAGCCUGGUUGCACUAUCUAUCUACAUGUGUUAUGAGUUUCGUGUUACAUCGUGGAAAGCCAACUACAGCUACAAGUGCCAACCAGUGGAUUAUUCAAGCAGUGUACUUGGUUUGAGGAUGGCAGAUGUUUGCUGGUGGUACUUCUUCUCCAAAGUGAUUGAGACGUUAGACACAGCGUUUUUCAUUCUACGCAAGAAGAACAACCAGGUGACAUUCCUUCAUGUGUACCAUCACAGUAGCAUGAUGGUUAACUGGUGGCUUGGAGUUAAGUUUGUGGCAGGUGGACAAUCCUUUUUUCUCGCCAUGAUCAACUCCUUUGUACACAUCAUCAUGUACAGCUACUAUGGGUUAUCAGCUAUGGGCCCAGGCAUGCAGAAAUACCUAUGGUGGAAACGUUACAUGACGCAGCUACAGUUGGCACAGUUUUUCGCAGUCAUCUUUCAUACAGGGUACAACUUAACCAUCGAUUGUGACUUCCCGCAGGGCUUUAAUUAUGCGGUAUUUUUCUACGCGAUAUCUCUGGUGGUACUGUUUAGUAAUUUUUACGCAAAGUCUUACUUCUCUAAAAAAGAAGGAAAACUCAAGGUAUGAAAAGAUUUUUGAAGAAAUGGGACAGCGGAGGACUUCACCAGUCAAUGGUAAAAAGGAGUUAUUGGGUAUUUCUAUGUUGUGGCUAAAACGGGUUUUAACUAAGAGUUUGAUAAAAAAGGAGUAAUUGUGAUUUCUAAAAUUUGAGACCAUGAGUUUGAUAAAAAAGGAAUUGUGACUUCUAUUUUUUUUACUGAAACAAGUUUAGACUGUAGGUUUGAUAAAAAAGGAGAAGAUGUGAUUGAUCCAAUGUUGCUAAAACGGGUUUAAACGAGUUUGAUAAAAAAGGAGAAAUUGUGAUUUCUAAAAUUUGAGACCAUGAGUUUGAUAAAAAAGGAAUUGUGACUUCUAUUUUCUUUACUGAAACAAGUUUAGACUGUAAGUUUGAUAAAAAAGGAGAAAUUGUGAUUUCUAAAAUUUGAGACCAUGAGUUUGAUAAAAAAGGAAUUGUGACUUCUAUUUUUUUUACUGAAACAAGUUUAGACUGUAGGUUUGAUAAAAAAGGAGAAGAUGUGAUUGAUCCAAUGUUGCUAAAACGGGUUUAAACGAGUUUGAUAAAAAAGGAGAAAUUGUGAUUUCUAAAAUUUGAGACCAUGAGUUUGAUAAAAAAGGAAUUGUGACUUCUAUUUUCUUUACUGAAACAAGUUUAGACUGUAAGUUUGAUAAAAAAGGAGAAAUUGUGAUUUCUAAAAUUUGAGACCAUGAGUUUGAUAAAAAAGGAAUUGUGACUUCUAUUUUUUUUACUGAAACAAGUUUAGACUGUAAGUUUGAUAAAAAAGGAGAAGAUGUGAUUUAUCCAAUGUUGCUAAAACGGGUUUAAACGAGUUUCAUAAAAAAGGAGUAAUUGUGAUUUCUACAAUGUUGCUAUAAGGAGAUUAAACUGAGUUUGGGUUUGAGUCUAAACUACGAGUUCGACAAAAAA